UUUUUACUAUACUCAAUUUAAUUUAUUUUAGUCAAUUUAUUUAAGUAAUUGUUCAAAUAGUGUGAGUCCAGACGGUUGUUCCAGGAGAUCUGCAGGAUUCAACAAGGAUUUCGACUGUUUCUUCGAUAUUUUUUUGAGAUGGUGAUGUCCAUGGAGUAAUAGUGAAGCAGCGAUGGAUUUCAAAUUGACAGCGCUUUAUUUAGCGCUUUCUUGUACGGCCGUUUUCAAUUCUGGUGAAGAAUUGUUAGCCAGUCCGAGAAAAUCUCGACAAAUCGCUUACAGCGCUGCAAUUAGUUGCCCCUCUGAAGGAUAUUUUCCGGAUAAUAGAAACUGUUCAUUAUUUCAUCGAUGUAUACAAACGAGUAGCGGAUUGUCAGCAAUAACAUUUGAAUGUGCUCCAGGGACUGUUUUCGACAACAGAAACGUCAUUUGUAACUAUCCCUACGCAAGUGGCAGACCUGAAUGCGGAGGAGUUGAAGCGAAGCCCAUCCCCCCGCCCGAUAAUCAGCCCAUUUAUUUGCCCACACAACCGCCAAUACAACAAUCGUCGACACAAAAUCCAUUUAUCAAUAAUAGGAUUCCCAGUAAUACUUCUCAGAUUAGUCAAUUGGGUGAUACAUGUACUCAAGACGGUUUCUUGGGAGAUCCCCGGGAUUGCACCAAAUUUUAUAGAUGUGUUGACGAUGGUAAAGGUGGUUUUACUCAAUACUCAUUUGCUUGUGCCGCUGGAACUGUAUGGGACUUGCAGUCAAGCACCUGCAAUUAUCCUUAUGCAGCAAACAGAACAGCUUGCGGAGGAGUUGGUGGCACAGGAGGAAGUGGAUACCCUGCAUCACCCGGCAGUGGAGGUCAAGGUGGUUCAGGAGGAAUUGGUGGAUACCCAGGAACGCCGGGAACACCAGGAACACCAGGAUCGCCAGGCACUCCAGGAUUCCCAGGUCAACCAGGCAGCGGCGGGCAGGGAGGCCUUGGUGGAAUAGGCGGAUACCCAGGAACACCAGGAUCUCCGGGUACUCCAGGAAUUCCAGGUCAACCAGGCAGUGGUGGACAGGGAGGCACAGGCGGAAUAGGUGGCUAUCCAGGAACGCCGGGAUCUCCGGGUACUCCAGGAAUUCCAGGUCAGCCAGGCAGUGGUGGUCAAGGAGGUAGUGGCGGAACAGGUGGCUAUCCAGGAACGCCAGGAACGCCGGGAUCUCCGGGUACUCCAGGAAUUCCAGGUCAACCAGGCAGUGGUGGACAGGGAGGCACAGGCGGAAUAGGUGGCUAUCCAGGAACGCCGGGAUCUCCGGGUACUCCAGGAAUUCCAGGUCAACCAGGCAGUGGCGGACAAGGAGGCCCUGGUGGAAUAGGUGGAUACCCAGGAUCGCCAGGCACUCCAGGAAUUCCGGGUCAGCCAGGUAGCGGUGGACAAGGAGGCACAGGUGGAGUAGGUGGCUACCCAGGAACGUCAGGAACACCAGGAACACCAGGAUCACCAGGCAUUCCGGGAAUACCAGGUCAGCCGGGCAGCGGCGGUCAAGGAGGCCCUGGUGGAAUAGGUGGAUACCCAGGAACACCAGGAUCACCAGGAACUCCGGGUCAGCCAGGCAGUGGUGGACAGGGAGGCCCAGGUGGAACAGGUGGCUAUCCAGGAACGCCGGGAUCUCCAGGUACUCCGGGCAUUCCAGGUCAGCCAGGCAGCGGUGGUCAAGGAGGUAGUGGUGGAAUAGGUGGCUACCCAGGAACACCAGGAACGCCGGGAACACCAGGAUCUCCAGGCAUUCCGGGAAUCCCAGGUCAGCCAGGCAGCGGCGGACAAGGAGGCCCUGGUGGAAUAGGUGGAUACCCGGGAACACCAGGAUCGCCAGGAACUCCAGGAAGUGGUGGGCAUGGAGGCACAGGUGGAAUAGGUGGCUACCCAGGGGCACCAGGAUCACCAGGCACUCCAGGAAUUCCAGGACAACCCGGCAGCGGAGGACAAGGAGGUCCCGGUGGAAUAGGUGGCUAUCCAGGAACACCAGGAUCACCGGGCAUUCCGGGAAUUCCAGGUCAGCCAGGUCAAGGAGGUAGUGGUGGAAUAGGUGGCUAUCCAGGAACACCCGGAACACCAGGAUAUCCAGGCAUUCCAGGAAUUCCAGGUCAGCCAGGUAGCGGAGGACAAGGAGGCCCCGGGGGAAUAGGUGGCUAUCCAGGAACGCCGGGAACACCAGGAUCUCCAGGUAUUCCAGGAAUUCCAGGUCAGCCAGGCAGCGGCGGACAAGGAGGCCCUGGUGGAAUAGGUGGAUACCCAGGAACACCAGGAUCGCCAGGCGUUCCAGGAAUUCCAGGUCAACCAGGUGGCGGAGGACAAGGAGGCCCCGGGGGAAUAGGUGGCUAUCCAGGAACGCCGGGAACACCAGGAUCUCCAGGCAUUCCAGGAAUUCCAGGUCAGCCAGGCAGCGGCGGACAAGGAGGGCCUGGUGGAAUAGGUGGAUACCCAGGAACACCAGGAUCACCAGGAACUCCAGGAGUUCCUGGUCAGCCAGGUAGUGGUGGACAGGGAGGCCCAGGUGGAAUAGGCGGCUACCCAGGAACGCCAGGAACGCCAGGAACACCAGGAUCGCCAGGCGUUCCAGGAAUUCCAGGCCAACCAGGUGGCGGAGGACAAGGAGGCCCUGGGGAAAUAGGUGGCUAUCCAGGGACACCGGGAACACCAGGAUCUCCAGGCAUUCCAGGAAUUCCAGGUCAGCCAGGCAGCGGCGGACAAGGCGGCCCCGGGGGAAUAGGAACGCCGGGAACGCCAGGAUCUCCAGGUCAACCAGGCAGCGGCGGACAAGGAGGCCCUGGUGGAAUAGGUGGAUACCCAGGAACACCAGGAUCACCAGGAACUCCAGGAAUUCCGGGUCAGCCAGGUAGUGGUGGACAGGGAGGCCCAGGUGGAAUAGGCGGCUACCCAGGAACGCCAGGAACGCCAGGAACACCAGGAUCGCCAGGCGUUCCAGGAAUUCCAGGCCAACCAGGUGGCGGAGGACAAGGAGGCCCCGGAGGAAUAGGUGGCUAUCCAGGGACGCCGGGAACACCAGGAUCUCCAGGCAUUCCAGGAAUUCCAGGUCAGCCAGGCAGCGGCGGACAAGGGGGCCCUGGUGGAAUAGGUGGAUACCCAGGAACACCAGGAUCACCAGGAACUCCAGGAAUUCCGGGUCAGCCAGGUAGUGGUGGACAGGGAGGCCCAGGUGGAAUAGGCGGCCAGCCAGGAACUCCGGGAACACCGGGUCAGCCGGGCGGUGGCGGACAAGGAGGCCCUGGUGGAAUAGGUGGAUACCCAGGAUCACCAGGAUCGCCAGGAACUCCAGGAAUUCCAGGUCAACCAGGCAGCGGCGGACAGGUUGGCCCCGGCGGUAUAGGUGGUUAUCCAGGAACGCCAGCAACGCCGGGAUCUCCGGGUACUCCAGGAAUUCCAGGUCAGCCAGGCAGUGGUGGUCAAGGAGGUAGUGGUGGAAUAGGUGGCUAUCCAGGAACGCCGGGUACGCCGGGAUCGCCAGGAUUUCCGGGAAUACCAGGUCAGCCAGGCAGCGGCGGACAAGGAGGCCCUGGUGGAAUAGGUGGAUACCCAGGAACACCAGGAUCGCCAGGAACUCCAGGAAUUCCGGGUCAACCAGGCAGCGGCGGUCAAGGAGGCGUUGGUGGAAUAGGUGGCUCACCAAGCGUUCCUUCUAUCCCAAGUCAACCGGGUUCUGGUGGACAGGGUGGUUCAGGCGGUCUUCCCGGUACCCCCGGUUGUCCACCUAAUCAACAGGGUGAACCUAUUAGACCAGGCCAAUUAGGAACGCAGUGUGUCGAAGAUGGAUUUUUAGGUGAUCCUAUUAAUUGCUCUGUAUUUUACCGAUGUGUUGCGGAUGGCAGAGGUGCUUUCAUUAAGUAUAAGUUCUCUUGUGCUCCGGGAACUGUAUGGGAUACCAAAAUACUCUCUUGCAAUUAUCAAUGGGCAGCGAAUAGAAGUAACUGUAUUGAUCAGCCAAAUCAACCUAUACAACCUGUAAAUCCUAGCCAUCCAACACAAACUGAACAGCCUAUAUAUAUUCCACAACAACCAGGACAACCGUUGCCGCCUAAUCCAGAAGGAGGUCAACCUCAGCAACCUGUGCAAAUACCAACACCUGGACAACCACAACAUCCUGUUGGUGUACCUGAACAACCGGGAUCACCUUCACAGCCAAAUCAGCCGACGCCUACACCUCAGCAACCUCAACAGCCAGAUCAGUCUGGUAAUUUGCCUAGUCAGCUGGGCAAUGUUUGUUCUCAGGAUGGAUUUCUAGGAGAUCCUGUCAAUUGCUUGAAAUUUUAUAGAUGUAUUUCGGAUGGAAAAGGUGGUUUUAUUAAACAUGAGUUCUCAUGUGUCAGUGGCACAGUUUGGGAUCCUAAAAUUACGUCAUGCAAUCAUGUUUGGGCAGCAAAUAGGCCGAAUUGUGGAAAUUUGCAACCUUCACAGCCGGGGCAGUUAUCACCUCAGCAGCCACAGCAACCAGAACAACCAGCGCAGCCACAACAACCACAGCAGCCAACAUAUCCGCAACAACCUUUGCAACCAACGUAUCCACAACAACCCACACAGCCUCAACAACCAUUGCAACCGCAACAACCACUACCGCCACAACAACCACAGCAACCAGCGUAUCCACAACAACCCACUCAACCUCAACAACCAUUGCAGCCCCAACAACCACCGCAACCACAGCAACCCCAACAACCGUUGCAGCCACAACAGCCACAGCAACCAACGUAUCCACAACAACCCACUCAACCCCAACAACCGUUGCAGCCACAACAACCUUGGCAGCCUCAACAGCCACAGCAACCAACGUAUCCACAACAACCCACUCAACCUCAGCAACCAUUGCAGCCCCAACAGCCACCGCAGCCACAGCAACCCACACAACCUCAACAGCCAUUACAGCCCCAACAGCCACAACAACCGACGUAUCCACAACAGCCAGCACCACCUCAGCAACCACUACAGCCCCAACAACCAAGUCAGCCCCCUUCAGGGAAUGGAAAUGGUAUUUGUAAUAAGUCGGGAUAUUUUGCCGUAGAGCAAGAUUGCAAAAAGUUUUAUAGAUGCGUAGCUUGGGGCAAUAGUAGUAAUGACUUUUCGGUAUUCUACUUCAGCUGUCCUGAUAACACAAUCUUUGAUCCUGCAUUAAGUGUAUGCAAUUAUCCAUACGCCGUUAAUCGUCACUGUUCGAAUUUAAACAGCAGUAUUAUUUUGCCUGAUGGGUCUUCUCCAGGUGGUUCACCACCAAGUGGCGGUUCAUUACAACCACAAACACCAACUCCCUCCGUCCCUGUUAUUUCUCAAGGACCAAAUAUCCCUCCUAGUGGUUCUCAAGUAACAAACCCUCCACAGCCAACUAAUCCAUCUUACAUUCCCACCAAUGGCUCUCAAACAACAAACCCCCAACAACCUAGUGGUGCCAUAUGUCCAAUUGGUCAAUUAUCAGGAGAACAAGUGGCAUUAGUUUGUCCAACUGGCUUUAGAAGGCAUCCAAAAUACUGCAACCUAUUUUAUCAGUGUACUACAAGUCCUUAUACUUUCGAUUUCAAAGUGCUAAUUCUGAGUUGUCCAAGUGGGACCGUUUAUGACAACAGAAAGAUUCAGUGUUUACCCCCUGGAGAAGCUGAAACGUGCACAGGACAAAUUGCUCAAACAACUCUGUAUAGAAACAGUCAACUUAAUUCUCUUCCACCGAUUGCAGUAACGCAGCAACAGCUGUGUUGGUAUGAAGGAUACAAUGCUUUCAGUCAAGAUCCCUGUUCAAACACAUUCGUAAAGUGCCAAAGAAAAGAAAAUGAAAUAGAAGCCUACAUGUAUCAAUGUCCAGAAGGAUUCGUCUUUUGGCCAGUAAGUCAAAGAUGCGAACGGACUCAAAAGCUUCAAUGUUACGAUAACAACAAUUACUCGAGAUGGGAGAUUCCAACUGAAACUACCAACAUUUCAUACAGAAGAAGAAGAAAAUUGGCGUAAAAUAAGUGAAGGCGUCAACAUUCUGUGGCCCAUUAUGGGAAUGAGCCAUUGAAAGUGCCUUUUCAAAAUGGAUAACUUCGAAACUUUAAAUGCGUUUUGAACGUAUCCAUUAUGGGAUGGUGGUGGUAUUAUUACGUAUAAGACAAUAAUUUAUUUUUACCAACUGCCAUUAGACAAUAUUGUAAAUUAAUGAUUAAAAUGACAAUAUUUCUUAUUUAU